AGUGGUAGCAGGAAUGAGCUGGGAAUUGUGUCUGCUUUCUCCUCAAACGGGCCAACUAUCUGAUCUGGGGCAUCCCUGAGCUGAAGAGGGAAGGGAGGGAAACCUGCAGGGCUCUGGCUGUCACUAUGUGCUAUGGAAAAUGUGCAAGGUGCAUCGGACACUCUCUGGUGUGGAUUUCUGUCUUCUGCAUCGUAGCUAAUAUUCUGCUCUACUUCCCGAAUGGGGAAACAAAAUAUGCUCUUGAUGAUCACCUUAGCCGCUUUGUGUGGUACUUUGCCGGCAUCGUAGGCGGAGGUCUGCUGAUGCUCCUGCCAGCUUUUGUGUUCAUUGGGCUGGAGGAAGAUGACUGCUGCGGCUGUGAAAACUAUGGCAAGCGAUGCACAAUGCUUUCGUCUGUACUGGCUGCUCUCAUUGGAAUUGCGGGAUCUGGCUACUGUGUCAUUGUGGCAGCGCUGGGUUUGGCAGAAGGACCAAAGUGUAGUGAUUCCCAGGGUGUGUGGAACUACACCUUUGCCAGCACUGAGGGACAGUACCUUCUGGAUUCCUCUACAUGGUCCAAGUGCUAUGAGCCCAAGCAUAUUGUGGAGUGGAAUGUAACACUGUUUUCUAUCCUCUUGGUCCUGGGUGGAACUGAAUUCAUCUUGUGUCUCACUCAAGUAAUAAAUGGAGUGCUUGGAGGCAUAUGUGGCUACUGCUGCUCUCACCAACAGAGAUAUGACUGCUAAAUGAACACAAGACAGGACCACACGCUUCCUUUAUUUCCCUGUAAUUUGUAUAUUUUUCUUGUGUUACAAAACUUUGCACUGUUGUAUCAUAGUCCACACAUUCUGCUUUUAUAAAGAAAUGUGCUGACAGUCAUAUGACGUCAGUGUUUACAUUUAUAAAGAAAACUUUGUUUUAAAGAAUGAAGCAGCAAACUGCACUCAUUCUGAAGGUGUUUUACAGACUGAAUGACUGUUCUCAGAGUAGCUGAAAUGAACUCUUCAAUGUUUAAGAUAAAAAUCACAUCAACUACUGUGCAUAUGUGUGUCUUUUUUAAAUAAACGAUCUCCAAUUUCCAUUUUAUGACCAAGAAGGACCAAACCCUCCCCCCCCAAAGAUGUAUUUUACUGUUUAUUUGAUGUUUCCCAUUUGUAGGUAUACAAAUCUCUAGGAGGACCCUGAAGCAAGAGAAAAGCACUUGCCUGGAUUUGGAAAUCUCAUUGAGAAAAUGUGAACCCAAGUAUAUAAAGGGAAAUAUGUAAAGCUGCCAGUAGCUGUGAACACUACUAGAUGCUCAAGUGUUCUACCACGUAGAAAGCUUUUUGCCCUUCAGAGACUAAGAUUGUGUAUGUAAAGAGUAAGGUCAGGAUGGUUGGAUGAGAAGAAAAAUGAGUUGAUUGCCAUGGUGGGAAAGUGGCAGAGGUAGGGCAGGGGCAGGCUGCCCACAGGGGAAUGUUUCCCAAACUUGCUUGUUGAGCAUACAAUGAAGUAUUCUCUACCAUUCAGCUGUGGUUUGGGUUUUACAUCUGAAAUGCCACCCUCUUCAGUCAGGUAAUUUAUGGGAGUCUGGUAGAGAGGACCUCUUCCUAACCCUUAGAAAGAUCUAUUACCUUUUGUGGAAGACAAAGCCUGCAUUUUCAGAGCACAGGCCUUUAGCUCCGGGGAGCUGGUUAAUAGGAUUUGGCUUUAAAGAUUACCCACAGUGAAUACACCCCAGUAGAACAUGUCAGUGGCAUUGUCCACAGCUCCUGAUUUUCCCUCCCUGUCUGUGCUCUACAGGUUGGGUGGCAUCUAUGCCACAGGCUUGCUUUCUUCUGGGUCCUCUCUCCUGCUUCCCCUGCCUUAUCCCCUCUUCUACUUUUUUUUUCUAUCAACAGAUUAACCAUGGCUAUGCUAUCCCUUGAGGCUAUCAAGCCAGCUAGUUAGUUUUCUUUUCUGCUGAGUGCUCCAAUCAUCAAACUCCUAGACGGGAGCCUUUCAUGGCUGUCCUCUGAGAGGCUUUGCCCAGCAAUGGAACGAAACAGAAACCAAGAUUCAAAGCCAAAAACUGGACGGAGAAUUGGGAGCUUUAUAGAAGAGUUUGGGGGCGGGGUAGAGGAAAGAGGAUAGAAUGACCCGGACCAGACAGGAGCCCCGCAAGAAGAUCAGCAGACCCAGCUAACCUGGGGGCCCAGAGGGGCUUGAGGAGACUGAAGCACCAACCAAGGACCGGGCAUGGACUAGACCUAGGCUCUCUACACACAUAUACCCAAUGGGCAGCUUAGCCUUUGCGUGGGUCCACAGAAAGAGCAUGGAGGCUGUCUCUGAUAUGGUCUUUGUUGCAUGCCUUUCGAUCACUUCAUCCCUGUGUGGCUGCCUUGCCGGGACACUGUGAAAGAGGAGGUGCACAGUACUGAUGAGACCAGAUGUGCAGGGGCAGAUUUAUGGGGAGGGGCAGAGAGAGGGGAUAGAGGGAUGAGGGAGG